AUCCAAUGCGGUCUCCGAUUGCAAAGAUAAUUUCCUUUAAAAAUAGCUUUAAAUCCACUAAAACUAAAUGGAUAUACGUGGAAAAUGAGAAGUUUUCAAUACGUCCUUUGGAUAAAUACUCUCACAGGAAAUGCCUUUUUUGAAAGCAUUAAAAACCAGUAUUACCAAGACCCGGAUAGAAAAUUGCAAGAGAAACGGCUCGCGGCAUGCGACGUUUAGUCCUUCAACGCCUUUGAAAGACUGUUAUUGGGGCGAUUUUAAAAACGACAAGAAAGAAGGCAAGGGCACUCAAUUGACCAGGAAUAAUUGGCUGUACGAAGGCGACUGGUCGAACGGGCGAAGAAACGGCUUUGGGGUUCUCAGCAAAGUGUCGAAAAUCGGUGAGAUCUGGAAAUUUUAUUCGGGUGAUUGGGUUGUCGGUAAAAAGCAAGGCUUCGGUCGUUACUGGUACCCGGACGGAAGCUUUUACGAGGGAAAUUUCCUGCAAAAUAAGCGCCACGGCUUCGGUCGCCAGUGGAACCGUGACGGAGGAUUUUACCAAGGAACGUGGAAGGACGAUCUUAAUCACGGAAAUGGAAUCUUUAUCCAAGCUAAUGGGAAUCGCUACGAAGGUGAGUUUCUAGGUGGAAAAAAGGACGGUCGAGGGAUAUUCUACCACUUGGACAGUGGACAGAUGCAAGAGGGAUGCUGGAAGAACGACAUUUGUGUAAUCAGCACCGUGGAAGAUAUCCCAUGGAGACAAUCUGCUAAUUAUCCUACACCUUACCCAAUUCCGGAGGUUUGUCUGUAGCGAGAACAUAGUUAACAAUUUUUAGUCCUAACGAAGUUUACAACUUUUCCCUUGAAUUUCAUUCAUAGAAAUCGUUCUUUACCAAGUCGAGUCUUCGUUUUCAGAAUCGACUUGUCGACCCUGAUGAGAUCAUUAAGAAAAGGGAGCAAGAGGUAUUAACUCCUGGAAAUCGGUCUCAAGAGUUGAAUCGCUCUCCUCAAAUGGGCGAUUAUAGGCAUCUUUACGUGGUCUGCUGACUGUAAUUAGUUUACAGGUGUCUUUUCUAGUACUCUCCACGUUGCGACA